AUGGGCCUUUCAGCAGCCCUUCUCGAGCAGUGGGUAGAGUAUCCCAUUGGUGUUACUGUUUGUCUUUUACGCCUUUUUGCUCGUGUACGCGUUGUCGGCUGGGGGAAUCUCUACUACGAUGACCUUUUCGCCUUUCUCGCCAUAGUCUUCUGGACUGUUGAGACGGCGACGAUAUAUCUCAUGAACAAAUAUGGCAACCUUAUUGGACUUAACGAUGAAAAGGCGGAUGCCCUUACCGACGCGCAAGUGCACUCUCUUACCAUAGGGUCUAAGGCAGUGUUUAUAGCAUGGCUGGCCUACCUCUGCCUUAUCUGGUCGUUGAAAACCUCGGUUCUAUUCUACUACAACCGUCUUACGAAAGGACUGAAAGAGCAAAGAUUCAUUAGGAUACUCGGCUGGUUUGUCGGUCUUAGCUGGGCCGCGAUGAUGUUGCAGAUCCUCCUUCAGUGCCGGCCGGUUCAGAGGAAUUGGCAGAUUAAACCUUACGUCGGAGAUGACUGCACUUUGACCUACGCUCGAUACUAUCUCCUCCUUAUCCUCAAUGUCUCUACUGACAUAGGCCUCAUGGCUUUCAUUCCCGCCCCGAUCCUCUGGAAAGCCCAGAUUCCACUCAAACGCAAACUCCUGGUCGCACUUGUCCUCUUCUCCGGUAUCUUCAUCGUUGCCGCCGCCAUCAUCCGCUGCGUCAUGUCUGUAAGCGACAUCCGGCACAUCGGCACCUCGGGCAUCUGGGCCAUCCGCGAGACCUUUGUGUCGCUCUUCACCGUCAACGCGCCCGCCAUCAAGCCGCUCUUCUCGCGGAAUCGCCACAACCUCGGCAGCAGCAACAAGUCCAGCAGCGCGGGGGCCAAGUAUGGCAGCAGGAGCAACGGCACCACUAUGAAAGUGAGCCGCCAUACGGCGUGUGAAGUGGAUGAGGUCGAGCUGCGGUCGGCGGCGCAGUGGAGCCAGAGUGGGAAAGAUCACGAAAGCAUACCGGAUCUUGAGCGCGGAAGCAGCUCUGGAAUCAGUAUUGACGGUGUUCCGGCGACGAAGAAUGAUGGAUUGCGGAUCGAGGUCACACAGGGCUUUACGACGAUCUCGGAGGCGGCACAAGGGUCACGGAGAGCAGAGGAGCCGCGGUCGUGGAGCGAAGUGGCAGGGCAUACAAUGCAUGAUAAUACGAGGACGCGAGAAGGGUGGACGUAA